AAGGGGGCUCUGCAAUUGUUUUAAUCAAAGGCGUCUUCUGAAACAGAUAAGCUAUCUUUCACAGUCAAACUGGUUUUUAGAGAACAGUAAUCUCCUCAUGUGCAGAUGUUAGUGUGCCAAGCUCGGGCAUGAGCAAGGGUGUUCUGGCUGCAAUUGUACUUGGGUCCAUCUCUUCUGCAGGUGUCAUAUGCCUGGCCAUUGCGUUUCUGUUCUACCUAAGACACCCUAGGACCCGGGGUCAAGGUUCCAGGACAAAAUCAGUUUCGAAAGUUCCCCUGAAAGUUGAAGGGAUAAAAGAAUUUUCCUUCGCUGAUCUUGAGAAGGCAACAAGUAACUUCGACAUCACCGCUCAGAUAGGACAAGGAGGUUAUGGAAAAGUUUAUAAAGGUGUCAUGGAAGAUAGCACGGUGGUGGCAAUCAAACGUGCAGAGCAGAGAUCGCUGCAGGGGCAAAAAGAGUUCUUUACCGAAAUAGAAUUCUUGUCACGGCUACACCAUCGCAACCUUGUUGCCUUAGUUGGUUACUGCGACGAACAAAGUGAACAGAUGUUGGUAUAUGAGUUCAUGCCAAAUGGUUCCCUUCACAAUGUCUUAUCAGGUCGAUAUAGAAGCCCGUUGAGUUUUGCAGUCAGAUUGAGCAUCGCCAUGGGUUCAGCCAAGGGCAUUCUCUACCUUCACACAGAAGCUGACCCUCCCAUCAUACACCGGGAUAUCAAAGCCAAUAAUAUAUUAUUAGACAGCAGACUCAACGCAAAAGUCGCGGACUUUGGAAUCUCGAGACUUGCGCCAUCACCGAAUACUGAUGGUCAUGUAACUGCUCACAUAUCCACAAACGUAAAGGGCACACCUGGCUACCUUGAUCCAGAGUACUUCUUGACACAUAAGUUAACAGAAAAAAGUGAUGUUUACAGCCUUGGGAUUGUAUUUUUGGAGCUGUUGACAGGGAUGCAGCCCAUAUCUCAUGGUAGAAACAUUGUCAGGGAGGUGCUACAAGCUUGUCAAUCUGGAUCGAUGUUUUCCAUCAUAGAUCGAAGCAUGGGCCCAUAUCCUUCUGAAUGUAUCAAGAAGUUCAUGGCAUUGGCCCUCAAGUGUUGUGAAGAUCAGACCAAGGGGCGACCAACAAUGUUGGAGGUGGUACGAGAAUUGGAGAAUAUAUCUUCCAUGCUACCGGAAACCGACACUAUUACCUCAGAAUCAGAAGCUUCCGGUUCAGGAAUUGGGGAUUCUGGCCCUCAGCCUCUUUACCCCAGGAGAAGUCCAUACACAUCUACCGAUUUGGUUGGAAGCGACCUUGUAAGUGGCGUGAUACCCACAAUCAGGCCCCGUUAAUGUACCGUAAACUUCUCCUUCUCGUUAACUAGGAUCAGUCGCAUCAUGUAAUAUAUCUUUCGGGCCCCCCAAGAGUGUUUCUCAGUGCAUGAAGAAACUUGGUGAAUCGACCUUGUACUGUGUGGUAUCCCUUUUUUUUUCGGUUCUGUGAUUAGACCUCGAGUUCGAUCAAAGAACU